UAUGUAAUUCACUCUUUGGGAGCUAGAGUAGAUCGAGAGGAGAAAGAAAACAACGUCUCCAUCAUUUUGGCAUGCAGUGAUUUAAAGAAUUAAUUAUUUUAAAAUCAUUCCAGGCUUUACUCUUUAUAAUACAAGCGUUGUUAUUGCCAGAAGAGUAAAUGUAACACAGAAGAAGCCUAUAGCUACAUUUUUUCUGUUGAAAUUGGUAGAGAGGUAGCUGCUGUGAAGACCAAUUAUCAUUUAUUAGCAGAGGAGAUUGAAUUUGUAAAAGAUAUAUAAAGACAAUAAAAAGGUAAUCAUUGCUGUUUGCUGAAAUGAAUACAUCUGCUUCCGAGGCUGCUAUAAUCGGGUCGCUGAAAGCAAUCAAUCACUACUUAGACAAUGGGCAAGAUCCAAACUUCAAGUAUCCUUAUGAUUUGACGUUACUCCACAAAGCGGCAAUGAAUGGCAAUCUAGAGUGUGUGCAGUGUUUAGUUCAGCGAGGCAGUAAUGUAGAAUCAAGAGAUAUAACAGGUAGAACUGCUCUUCACCAUGCAGCUGGAAAUGGUCACCUGACAGUUGUGAAAUGGUUAAUUGACGUCGGACAGGCAGAUUUUAAGUGUAAAACAGUAAAAGGACGAACGGCUCAAAUCAUGGCUGGGAAACAUGGUCACAAAAAGGUUGUCACCUUUUUGAAUGAAACAGGUCCGAUACAAAAUUGAAGCUGACAGGAAGUAACUGGGUGUCGUCUGUUUUUACUUCCAAGUAGGCCUAAUGACUUCCACGAAGAUCCUCAUCAUCCUCUUCCAUAGUAAUCCAAGUUUCCAUGUAUAAACAGUAACUUAUUUGUAUUGUCCAUCCGUAUCAUCUCUAUCACAGGGAGUUUUCGCAAGCUUACGAUGACGAAUACGGUUACGUCAUCAAAUUUUUGACAAUCCUUCCCCUAGCAGAGUAGCAUAUCUAUAGCGUAGGCAAUUCAUGUCUUUUUUGUGAAUCAAGCAUCAUUAUCAGCUCGUACAAUAUUGUCAAGAAUGUUGUAGCACAAAUGACGAUGAUAAUUACGUAUUCGUUGUUUUCGUAAGGUUGCAAAAUCUUCCUAUUUCUGUAUAUUGUUAUAAUGGACCUGUGAUAAGCCCCGCCCUUGGAUACUGUUGCCAGGGUCCUAUUUGUAGGAUACUCGCGUAUUCCUGAGCAUGUUCUGAUUGGUCAGUUGUUCAAGUUUGAUUGACAUUCCGGAAAGGUCCAUAAAUUUGUAGCCUGCCAUAUCUGAAAAUGUCAGUGUGUUGAGUCUGCCCAUUCCUUUACUACUAAUACUAGAUGCAUUGGUACAGUAGGGGAAAGUGCAGUCUAUAAAUUUAAAACUGUGUGUUAAAUCCUAGGCAGCUCAACAAAAAUUAGUUUAUUAUGUACUUUCAAUGUUAUAUAGUGCAGUAUUAUAAAUUGAUAUUUCGUUAUAUUGCUUAUUACAUUUAUAUGUGUAAAAUGUCUUAACACGAUAACGUGGUAAUGUGGCAUAAGCUGUGUCCACAAAUCAUUUAAUGUGAAUUGUGGCCAUAUAUGGGUGUGAUAUGACACCAUCAUGUCUAUAUAUAGGAAAAUAACAUAUA